AUGGUGCAGACCGGCCUGGACGCCGUGCUCUUCGGCGCGCCUGUGGGCGUGUGCAAGACCAAGGUGGUGUGCACGCUUGGGCCCUCGGCGCGUGAGGUGGAGACGCUCGAAGAGCUCCUGAGGGCUGGAAUGAGCGUCGCCAGGUUCAACUUCUCUCACGGGGAUCACAAAUACCACGGGGAAACUCUGACAAACUUGCGCCAGGCCAUGGCCAACACAAAGAUCAUGUGUGCUGUCUUGCUGGACACAAAGGGUCCAGAGAUUCGCACAGGAAUGCUGGAGAAAGGCAAGAUCCAGCUGACAGCAGGAACUGAAGUCACAUUGACGACAGACUACACCAUUAAGGGCAAUGAGAAGCUAAUCGCUAUCAGCUACAAGCACCUUCCCAGGGAUGUCAAACCCGGCAGCGAAAUCCUGUGUGCAGAUGGCAGUGUGGUCCUGGAAGUGCUCAGCUGUGAUGAGAAGGGUGGGACAGUUCAAGCUCGGUGCAAGAACUCUGCAGUGUUGGGGGAGCGCAAGAACUGCAAUUUGCCAGGUGUCAAUGUUGACUUGCCAACCCUGACAGAGAAAGACAAGAUAGAUUUGGUGGACUUCGGAGUUGCAAGGGAUAUCGACUUCGUGGCAGCCUCGUUUGUGAGGAAAGGGAGUGAUAUCGAUGUCAUUCGUGAGUGCUUGGGAGAGAGGGGGUCGAACAUAAAGAUCAUCGCCAAGAUCGAGAACCAGGAGGGCAUUUCCAACUUUGACGAGAUCGUCCAGAAGACUGAUGGAAUCAUGGUGGCCAGGGGAGACAUGGGAAUGGAAAUCCCCACUGAGAAGAUUUUCCUAGCUCAGAAGAUGAUGAUCCAAAAGUGCAACAUCAUGGGCAAGCCCGUGGUGACGGCCACACAGAUGUUGGAGUCCAUGGGCAAGAACCCUCGGCCGACACGAGCAGAAGCAACCGAUGUGGCCAAUGCCGUUUUGGACGGAACAGAUUGUGUGAUGCUCUCAGGCGAGACAGCGGCAGGCUUGUUUCCGAUUGAAGCUGUCAAGGUCAUGACCAAGAUCUGCCGCGAGGCCGAGGCCUCCAUCGACUACUACGCCCUCUUCAAGUCGAUCAUCCGCCGGGCGCCCAUGCCCAUGCCUCCGCUGGAGUCCCUGGCCUCCUCAGCGGUCCGCACGGCCCACAAGGUCCGCGCCUCCCUCAUCGUCGUCCUCACCCGGGGCGGCUCCACCGCCCGCCUGGUGGCCAAGUACCGGCCAUCCAUGCCGGUGCUCACCGUGGCCGUGCCCGUGCUCACCACGGACACCCUGACUUGGUCUUGCAGCGGGGAGGCGCCCGCGCGGCACUGCCUCGUGACCCGCGGUCUGAUUCCCCUGCUGUCCGAGGGCUCGGCGCGCGCCACGGACACGGACACCAUCGACGAGAUCCUGUCGGCGGCCAUCGAGCACGGCAAGGAGAUGAAGUACUGCGUGGCGGGGGACCCCAUCGUGGCGCUGCACAGGAUCGGCAACGCCUCCGUCAUCAAGAUCGUGGACGUGAAGUGA